CGGGUUGCUUCCACAAUGGAAGCUUACCAGGUCCACGUGGGACCCAUGAGGAGCACGAGUGUGGGCUGGCUAAAGCUGAAGAGUACAGACCCAAAUGACCAUCCUCUCAUUGAGCCUAACUACAUGUCAACAGAAAGAGAUAUUUGGGAAUUCCGCCAGUGUGUCAAGUUGACCAGAGAGAUCUUUGCUCAGAAAGCUUUUGAAAAAUUUCGUGGGCCUGAAAUUCAACCAGGAAACCACAUUCAGUCUGACAAAGAAAUAGAUGCUUUCAUAAGGCAGAAGGCUGAUAGUGCUUAUCAUCCUUCCUGCACCUGUAAAAUGGGUCAGCUUUCAGACAGCACUGCUGUAGUUGAUCCCCAAACAAAAGUAAUCGGCGUUGAAAACUUGAGAGUAGUAGAUGCUUCAAUAAUGCCCAGUGUUGUCAGUGGAAAUCUGAAUGCCCCAACUAUUAUGAUAGCAGAGAAAGCUGCAGAUAUAAUUAAGGGCCUUCCAUCGCUUCAGGAGAAAAGUGUUCCUGUAUAUAAGCCCAAAACCUUGGACACACAGAGAUAAACAAAUGUUUUCAUCCUUUCACGUCUUUUGCCACUUAGGCUUUCAUCAGCAUGUUGGUAUCUCAUACUGAACAUGCCAACAAAAUAAAUACCAUGCAAAACAACAUAUUGAUUUGAACCAUUCUCUUAUAUUAGACUACCUAUUCCUUUUAUUUAAUCAGUUGGCUUAAGCUGCUUAUUUUAGUUAAACAUGACCUUUUGUGGUACAAUUCAAAUUUUUUGUUGAAG